UGGCAUCAUUACUUAACAUGGCAUCAUUACGUAGUAAAUUUGAGGAACAUUUGACAUGUUCAGUUUGUUUGGAACAAUUAAAAGAUCCAAAAGUUUUACCAUGUUUGCAUUCCUUUUGUCAUAAGUGUAUUGUAAAUAUUGCAAAGAAAGGCAAGUCAAACAACAUCAACUGUCCUGAAUGUAGAAAGUUAGUACAGUUGGAUAACCCAGACAAUCCCUCCAACCUUCCCUCCAACUUUUUUGUAAACAAUCUCCUGGCCACGAUGGCGCUGACUGAUGAAGAAAAAGAACAGAAGAUACAAUGUGACAAUUGCACUGAUGAGAAUUCAGCUGCCACACGUUGUGAAGAAUGUGCUGUGUUCUUAUGCAGUUAUUGCUCUGAAUUUCACAGAAAAUCUCGAGGGACGAAACAUCAUCUUCUUACUACAUUGCAAGAGCUGAAAUCUGGUGUUGGCCCUUUAAGGGUUGCUGAGAAAAUACGAUGUCAAAAACACAAGGAUGAAAUGAUCAAGCUUUACUGUAAAACAUGUCAGGUUACUAUUUGUCGAGAUUGCACCAUUGUGGAACAUCGAACUCAUGAUUAUGGCUUCAUUGAAGAUGUUGCUGUUGGGCAGAAGGAUAUACUGAAGAGAAAUAUGAAUGAAGUUCAGCAGCGAAAAGCCACACUGCAGAGAGCAAUUGCAAGUCUCAGGCAAUUCGAUCAAAGUUUGGUUGAGGAGAAUGCACUUGUGGUUGCACAAAUUACCAGUCACUUUGAUGAAUUAACGAGAAUCAUGAUGGCAAAGAAUAACGAGUUAGUAUUAAAAGCAAAGUCUAUAACCAGCAUGAAGAGGAAGCAGGUGCAAGCCCAGAUUGAAGCACUAGAAGUGGCAUUAACAAGUUGUAAUAGCAGCAUCGAGUUCACAGAGAAGGCUUUCAAGAAUGGUAAUGAUGUUCAAGUGUUAAGUAUGCAGAAAUAUAUGCUACAGUCUCUUCAGGAUCUGAAGGAAGUUAAAGAUGUAACACAACCAUGUGUCACGCGUGACCUGAUGUUCACUAUUCCUUGGACCAUUCAAGACACCACAAAGAAUUUUAUGAGUUUUUUUGCUGUUUAUGAAUCUGUGACAGAACCCGGCCAAUGUCAAGCUGAAUUCACCGACCAAGAUCAACUGCAUUUGAAACGUGGUCAGCAAGCUUCAGUGAGGAUUACUUGUUUUACCAAGAACAAGAAUAAAGUUAAUACAGGAGGUCAGACAAUUCAGGCGAAUAUUUCAGGAGUGGAAUGUGACGACAACAUAAAGAUCCAAGACAACAAAGAUGGCACACACACAGUAAAUUUCAUACCACGCCAUGGUGGCGCACUGAAGAUCGAAGCAACCAUAAAUGGCCACCCCGCUCCUGGAUGUUCUUUAACCAAAGAUGUUGCGUGGGUUUUUAGUUCUGCAUAUGGGAGUGGUGAAAUUUAUUGCGGGAGUUUAAAGUUAACAUCUAACAACGUCAACCAAGGUUCUGGGUGGCGAAUUGGAGAAUCUUCGUUCAAGAGCGGAGUGCAUACAUGGAAAGUUCUGAUAAAGCAUGAGGAUUCACAUGACCAGGCCUGGCAGGAGCAAUAUGGCUACUUUCACCGCAAUUAUAACUAUGGGCAUAUGGCUGUAUGCGAUGUCGGGGUAGUUGGGAAUACCAAUUGCCGACCACAAUUUAGCUCCAGAUUACAGUUUGCAGCAGGUGAAGAAGCAACUGUAACAGUGACAUUAAACAUACCAGAUGGUGCUUUGCAUCUUGAGAGUGACAAAAACGUACACAAAGUUAAAAAAGGGAAAAGCCUACAAUGUAAGGAUGAAAAAGAUGGGACCAAAGAAGUUAUAAAUAUCCACGGAGAGCAGUUCUGGCCUUAUUUUCGUUGCCAUUCUACAACUGUGGUGGUCUUAAAAUGGGACUGA